AGACUUCUAGAACAACCAGUUCUUUAUUCUCCAAAUGAAAAUAUAUGAUAUUCGUAACAGAAAGAGAUGUUCUCUGACUUGUAUAAAAAGCAUUUCAACACCACCAUCUAGCAUGCCAAGAACUUAGUACCUUGAAAUGGAUUUUUUCAUGCAAACUUUGUUUCUUACUUUGAUCACCUUGGUUGCAUCCAUCUAUGUUUGGCAGAAAAGAAAAACAUUAGGUGGCACUAAAACCUUGCCCCCAGGUACUUUUGGGUGGCCCCUAGUGGGUGAAACCUUCCAAUUUUUGUUCAACAAAGUUGAUGAUUUCCUUCAAGAGAGGGCUAAAAAGUACUCCUCAGAGAUCUUCUGCACCAACAUUCUAGGAGAGCCAACAGUGGUUCUUUGUGGCCCUGGUGCCAACAAAUUUGUCUCCACCAAUGAGACAAAGCUUGUCAAAGUUUGGUACAUGAAGACUCAACGCAGGUUCUUCAAUAUCCCUGAUCACACUCAUGCAGCUAAGCCAAAACAACAAGGUGCUUCUGCUGCUCCAGUGGCGAUCUUGGGGAUUCUGAAACCUGAAGGGAUGUCUAGUUACAUGGGGAACAAGAUUGGAUCAAUCAUGCACCAACAUUUCUUGACACACUGGGAAGGGAAAACAGAAGUGGAGGUGUACCCUUUGGUCAAGGACUUUUCCUUUAGACUUGUGUGUCAAUUCUACUUGGGCCUUGAUGAGCCCAAAUUGGCCACUGAGUUUGAGAACUUGUAUUUUGGGAUCUACUCUGUUCCUUUGAAUUUCCCGGGCUCUAAAUAUAGUAGGGCACUGAGGGCUGCAGCUGCAAUAAGGAAAGAAAUCCAAUUUCUGAUCAAAGAGAAGAUUGAUGCUUUGAACAAGGGGCAAGUUGUGGAUGGCCUACUAGGACAUGUAGUUGGAGCUGAGCAAGGUGGAAAUUAUGUGCCAAGACUUGAAAUAAGCAACAUCAUCAUGGGGUUGAUGAAUUCCAGUCACUUGCCAAUAGCUAUUACUCUUGCUUUCAUGAUCAAACACAUUGGACAGAGGCCUGAUAUCUACCAAAAAAUCAUAUCCGAACAUGCUGAUAUUACAAAAUCCAAAGGAUCUGGUACAGCACUAGAUUGGGAUAGCAUACAGAAAUUGAAAUACACAUGGGCUGUUGCACAGGAGACCAUGAGACUCUACCCUACUGCACCGGGUGCAUUCAGAGAAGCUUUAACAGAUAUCACCUAUGAAGGAUUUACUAUUCCAAAGGGAUGGAAGAUCUAUUGGUCCCUUAUUGGAAUAAAUAAGAACCCCAAGUACUUUCCUGAACCUGAAAGUUUUGAUCCCUCAAGGUUUGAAGGGAAUGUUCAUGCUCCCUACACUUGGAUACCCUUUGGAGCUGGACCAAGAUCAUGCCCUGGAAGGGACUAUACACGGUUUGUGCUCAUCAAUUUCAUUCACAUUCUCAUAACCAAGUUCAAGUGGGAAGCUAUAUUUUCUCAUGAGAAAGUUUCAGGUUCUUUGGUACCUAUCCCAGCAGAGGGAAUUCCUAUCCGUCUUCACCACCUUUAAUUUUAGUUUUCAUGAGUGCAUAUAUAGUGAAUAUGAAGCGUUUGAAAAAAAAUUAUAUAUAUCUUGGGUGUAUCAUAGUUUAUCUAUGAGUGCAGAUUAUAUGUAAAAUAUGAUGAACAUCAUAAUAUAGAUGACAAAUAUGUGUGUGAUUGAGAUGAUAUAAUAAGAAUAUUCGCAUUAAUAUUUUCUUGUCAUA